UAGCCUAACAGUCUUGUAGUGUCACAGACUUGUAGAUUCGUAGCCAAGAAGCCUGUAGCCCUGUAGUCUCAAGUAUGUUGCCAUGUAACCUCGUAGUCUCGUAGCUAGUUGGAGCCUCGUAGACUCCUAGUCUCAUAGUGCAGUUGCCUCGUAGUCUUUUAGUCUUGUAGUCAAAUGACGCUGAAUCUGUUGGAACCGUAUCUUAUCGUAUCCUGUGACCGAUUGUACCCCUGUGGCGAGAAAAUAUCCCUGUGGCGAGAAAAUAUCCCUGUGGCGAGAACGUAUCCCUGUGAUGAGAUCGUAUUUCUAUCGUGAGAUCAUGUCACACCAAGUUGAAUUUUCGUACAAAUAUUUUUCCUUUUUGUUAAAUGCAUGACCAGUUUGUGUAUUGUGUGUUCAAUGCGUGUCCUGUUUGUUUAUUGCGUGUUCGUUACAUGUUCAUUGCAUGUCCAGUGUGCACUGUGCGUCUAUUAUGUGUCCUUUGUGUGUACUGUGUAUCCCUUGUGUGUCCUGUGUGUUUAUUGUGUGUCCUUUUAUUUUGUCGAUUGAUCCAAUUGUGCUUCUUUUUCGUUGACUGUGCUUGCGAUUGUGCUUCCUUUUUUAAAUAUGCUUCCAAUUGUGCUUCCUCUUUGUCGAAUAUUCUUCCGAUUGAGUUUACUUUUCAUUGAUUGUGCUUCGAUUGAGCCUCCUUUUUUGAAUGUGCUUCCUUUUUGAAGAAUGUGCAUCCUUAUGUGCUUCCUUUUUUGAAUGUUGUUUUGUAUCGCAUAUUAAUGUAAAUGUAUCGUGUUUUUACUUGCGUGUUAUUCCGGCGGCCGCGGGUUUAUAAGCGAGUCCCAGACGACAGGGCCCUCAGUCCUCCUGUGACAGCUGUGCUGUACAAAUCGCCUCUCUCUUUAGUACGUUACUUGAUAUUUAGUUGCUGUUCCAAUGUCGACCUUGAUGGACGGUCUACCAUCGAUGGAGCAGACCCUGAUGACAGCGACGACGAUGGUGGCGGAGACCUCAUUUGUAGCGGUGAGCUCGAUGGCAGCGACGUCGUCGACGACGAAAAACUCUAUGGAAUGUGUACCAUCGUCACCAACAGCAUUAAAGGAUAUUUCAACAGGUGUGGUUGCACCAGUAGAAGAGACUUUAAUCCCUGCAGUGCAGUCUGCAGUGGAAACCUCAAUUAAUGACUUUCGCCAUCGAAUGAGACUUCAAUGGCACUAGUAUCAAUGAUUUCCACUGAAGGUGCAUCGGCGUCUUCCUAGCAUCGGUGGCGUUACUGGGACAAGAUUUUCUCGAACACUAAUACUCGCCGACACGAGAAUAGAUAAUGUGCUAAUAAUCCGCGUCGUACAAAAUAUAACUGUGAAAAAUUUCGCAAGAAGUUUGCAAGAAAUUAUAAUUUAAAAAUACAUGCCAUGAACUGCAUACAAAGGUAUUUUCCCGUCAAACAGUCGAAACUGUCGUUGCCGAAGACCUGUGUUAGUGGUGCAUUACGGAGUAAUGAUGCAUCGAGGAAUACAGACAAUAUAUCCCUGUAACUUCUAUGAAAAUACAUAAUUGCAAAGGGGAAAGUCCGUUCACCUACUGCGGACCAGAUAGUGUUGCGUCUGCUCCGCAAGUUAAGGUAGAGACCUGUACGCACAAUGCCAUUUUGAAAUAUUGGAGAACAUAUUUGUUACGUACAUUAAGUUCUUAAAAUGUUUCAGAAGUUUAUAGAAGUUUUUAAAAUAUUUACAGAAGAAAUAGGUACUUCGAAAUCAACAUACGCCUGUAAGCUGUGCCGAAAGGGGUUUUAUCUUAUCAGAAAGGUCUUUGGCUAAAUUAAAAACUUGGCUGUAAACAAUUAGAGAAAUACACCCAUAAGAUGGUUAAGAAUUGUAAAUAUGAUUUUAAGAUAGUUAAUUAUACCUCUAUAAUUUAUAAAGCAUAAUAAAAUAUAUUGAGAACUAAUAAUAAACAUAGAAAAACUGCCAAACAUAAUUUUUUUAUGUUUUGCGAAAUUCAACCCCUAAGGAGUGAAUAGAAGGUUAAGUUUGUUUUAAGAUUAAUAACUAUAUCUCCAGAUUUAAUUAAAAGUAAUAAAUGAGUUUGUGUACCAAUAAAAAAUACGAAAACUACUAACCAACAUUUUUAUGUUUUUCGUAAUUCAACCCCUAUGAUGCGUAAAAGGGGUACGUAUGUUGUUAAGAUAAAUAAUAAUUAUAUCUCCGAAUUUAAUGAAUUGAGUCAAAUGAUUUUGAUUAGCAAUAAUAAACAUUCCAAAAUUACCAAUCACAAUUUUACCCUUUUGCGAUAUUCAGACAAUAAGCUUGGUAAAAAGUGUACGUUUGUUUUCAAAACAAAAAAAAAAUAUAUUUCCAAAUUAAUUAGAACUAGAAUUAGAAACUAAUAAAAUCUCGUAUCAAUAUACUUAAAUAAUAGGAGGUAUUAUGUAAUAAGGUGAAAUUAUGUAAUUAUUCUAAGCAUAGCUUUAACCAUAGUAAAAGUAAAUGUUAAUGAUGUUAGUGCGAACGAUAGCAUAAUCUUAGUUAUAAUGAAAUAGGUGCGUGUUUAACAAUGUUUUACAUUAUGAAAUGAAAACUAGGUAAGUGUGAUAAAAUCAAGAUAAGAUAUACCCUCAAACACUCUAAAUGAGAAAUUUUAAUAUCAGAUACUUAAUCAAUACUAAAAAUUAAGAAAUCCUACACCAAACCAUUUACAAAAUAUCAUUCUUAAAGUAUCUCGUUAUAAAAUAAACAUUAUGUGCACCUGACAAUUUAUUUUGUCUAUUUAUUUAGUAAAAAUGUUUGGAAUAAUCACAUACUUCUCUUUCGAUGGUAAUAUGUUAGCAAUAUUCUGAAAUUGCGUGAGUGAAGCCGCGGGUUAUUAGCUAGUUUAUAAAUAAAAACAAUUAAUUUUGGUGAUGACAGAAAAUGUACUACAUACCUUAAAAAAGGUAGGAUUUUAAAAAUCCAGAUAAAUGUGUCACUGUGUCACUGCUUAAAUAGCGACGGUCAAAAACAACCCACUGACGAAUGACCACAUCCGUAGUUAUUUAAUUAUCCACUAGAUUAUAAUAAUUGGUACCGAUAUAAGGUGUCGGAUAUUACCGUCCGUAUCUGACAAUCCCCACCAUUCCUAUAUAAGCAAUUUUAGACAUGAACUGACAUUCUUAGUUCCCUGCCAACUCGUUCAUCAGACAUUAUGCACAUCUAACAAUUUGCAAUGAAGCAAAUGUUUCUUCCAAAAAGUAGCACCGUGCCGGCCCGCCAACCGCACCAAUUAUUCCAUUAACGCAUAUAGGUACUUACUGUGUAAAUAUCAAUAACAUCAAAUAUAAACAUUUAUUAGUGCUUCGAAAUGUGAGUCAAACUUAAUGUGGUUUUGCCUCGCAGUUUUUAAAUUGCUAUUGCUUAAGGUCAGGGUGUGUUUUCAAUAGGAAUUAUUUUCCUCUUACCUAACAUAUAGCUAAAAUAUAGUGAUUAUAAGGAGAGGUCCGGGCUAGGGAUUGGACCUAGGUGUGUCACAGAUCUAAACCUUAUCAUGCUAGGUAUCAACAAUGCCAGAAGGGUUACAUGCAAUCUUUUUUCUUGUAUCGGAUGGUUAUGGUAGCGAUUGUUGCCAUGGCCAACUCCCCGAUAUUAACUUGUUCUAAUGAAACUGGGCGAGCCCAGAUAAGACCUGUGUAUAAGAGGGAACAAACUGGGCUCGCUCAGGAGGAGUGCAGUGAUAAUGUGACAUUUAAGUAUGUUUUAUCUGAACAUCGGUGAUAUAGUUUGUAAACUAGAAGCAAGUGUGACGCGAGCUCGCAGCAGGGGGCUACUCGCUCGCUAAUCCUGCAAGUGGAUGACGUGGUGGAUGAUGCCUUGGGUCGUGCGUUGAGCCUUGUCUCUGCGGUGCACGCUUAUCGCACUGUCUCGUAGCAAGCUAGUGACUUCCUCCCACUAUGUCAAACUACCGUUGAUACCUGAUACCUGGAAUCUGACCUGCUACGCUAUGUGAUGUGAGACGUGGUCAACUGGGUCGUGUGAUGGGCUUUUUUAAACUCUGGCGGUCAUCUUUAUUUGGCCGAGGCUAUAUGAGUCAUGCUUGAGAAGCAGGACCUACCAGAGAGAGAGAGAGAGAGAGAGAGAGAGAGAGAGAGAGAGAGACAGCGUAAAAAAAAAAAGCUAGAAUGUUUUCGCAUCUGAUUGGCUAGAAAGUUUCGCAGAUGUCACAAGACCAGAGCCAUUUUAACGAGGGGAGGGGGCUCCCAAGGACAGCAAAGUUAGAACAUAACUCGUUCUCUCUCACACAAAACCUCUCAACCUACUUAUCUCUCUCGUUCUCGAGCUCCUUCCUUUUCUUGGCGCGUUUCGCUCAAGCUGCGCUUGCCAAAAUAAUUAAGAAAGCUACCCGAAUGUGCUAAAAGUGUCCGCUCCCUAGGCUGGCUCGCGAUUUGGCAAGAUGGCGGUCUCCCUGGCCUGAUAUGAAUGCCCGGAGAACAUCUUUGAACUAAACCUUAGAUUAGAAUUGGCUCUCUUGCAUUACAGUGAUAUUUCCUAGGCAGAGCUAAAACCAUGCUCUAUAUUGAUAUCGUUUCUUCUAUUCAGGUAUUUAAUUUGCAAAUGUCAUCUACUGUGCGCUGAUCUGAUCUUGUAUGUUUGACAUAGGUAAUCUUAUUCAUUUGACUGUAGGUAUUGAAUGAUGUAACCCAGGUAAAACAAAAGUUGCAAGGGUGGCUCCAUAAAGUCUUCAGGAGGUGAUUUCGUACAAAGGAUGCAGUUGCACAACAUGACAUUAGUAAAUUAAUGGAUAGGCUUGGAUUAUUUACAAAUUAAUGGUCUCAAAUACUGAAAAUUAAUAGCUUCAUACAACCUUUGAUGAAAAAAAUGUUUAUCAGAUGAAUUUAAAUUAAGUAAACACUCACAUAAAUAAAUAGAUAUAUUCUCCAUAUUAAAUAAAAAAAACUAAAAACUUAAGGGGAUCACUCCCUCUCAGGAACCACGUCUGGCGAGGAAAUAUGUUCAGAAACUGACAUUUAACCUAGUUUUCCCCAGAAACUAUUAUUUGAUAACAAUUGAACAUUUGAUCCAGGAUAAUAUGAAAUCAGAAUAAACAAAACUGACUGAAUCCGUCUCUGAAAGUAGUAGACUGUUAAAUAAAUACCCUGACUUUAACAAAAUGUUUUUUUUCUCUUUCGGUUUUGAGCUAUAACGUAUUGUUAAGCGCGAAAUGCAAAUUUGUAUUUCGCGCUGAGCAGUGAUUCCACUCACAUGGUUCAUAUAGGCCAAUGAUCUUCGUCCACAUGCCAUCUUACUGUUAAUCUUAUUUUCCGAAAAGUAUCAAAAAGGAAACUGGAUACUGCCCAGUUAUUGAUUUUCUGAAUAACAUAAUAAUUGUUAUUAUAUAUUAAAAUAAAUGUAGAAAGAUGAACAACAGUAUUUCAAAGUAUAUAUUUUUAUUAGUACAUGACGCAGAAGACUAACGUAGUCGUUGUACGUAAGCAAAAAAAAAAAAACUAGUUUAGUAAAAGAAUGAUUAUUCCUGAAGUAGGACGGUAUUGAAACGUGUUGCUUGACAAUAUGAAAAUUGCGAUAGUGGUUAGAGUAUUACUGGGAAAUUUUAAGUUUGAUGUGUGUAAGAUAGCGUGUGUUUGAAUUUACGAUGUUCCAUUCGUUGUUUUUAAGCAUUUUGUAAGUCGAGAAAAAUAUUUGCGCUUUUAUUUUGUAGUGUUAAUGGUAUUUCUGUGUACUAUUUGCGAAUUUUAACAUCUUUUGGAGGCCCUGUUCCGUGAGAGACUCGAGCAGGCGCUACCAUGGAUGACUCCCACUGCAAGACGGUGGAUGAAGUGCUCAACUACUUCAACACGGAUCCGGAGCGAGGUCUUAGCACGGACCAGGUCAAGCGCAACCAGGAGAAGUACGGCCUAAAUGAAUUACCCGCAGAGGAAGGCAAGUCCAUAUGGCAGCUUGUGCUGGAGCAGUUCGAUGAUCUUCUUGUGAAGAUCCUAUUGCUGGCCGCCAUCAUAUCUUUUGUGCUGGCACUGUUCGAAGAACACGAUGACCAGAUCACGGCGUUCGUGGAGCCCUUCGUCAUUCUGCUGAUCCUGAUUGCCAAUGCCAUCGUGGGAGUAUGGCAGGAGAGGAAUGCAGAGUCAGCUAUCGAGGCGCUGAAGGAGUAUGAACCUGAAAUGGGCAAGGUGGUCCGCUCCGACAAGGCGGGUGUCCAGAAAGUGCGCGCAAAGGAGAUUGUGCCUGGAGACCUGGUUGAGGUGUCAGUCGGAGAUAAGAUUCCUGCGGACAUCAGGCUUGUCAAGAUCUUUUCUACCACACUGAGGAUUGACCAGUCUAUCCUGACAGGAGAGUCUGUCUCUGUCAUCAAGCACACAGAUGCUAUUCCUGACCCGCGAGCUGUCAACCAGGACAAGAAGAACAUACUGUUCUCAGGCACAAACGUUGCAGCCGGCAAGGCCCGUGGUGUCGUCAUUGGGACGGGCCUCAACACUGCUAUUGGCAAGAUUCGUACCGAGAUGUCGGAGACGGAGGAGAUUAAGACACCACUCCAACAGAAGCUGGAUGAGUUUGGAGAGCAGCUGUCGAAGGUUAUCUCCGUGAUCUGUGUGGCUGUGUGGGCUAUCAACAUCGGCCACUUCAAUGACCCGGCCCACGGAGGCUCUUGGAUAAAGGGGGCAGUGUACUACUUCAAGAUUGCGGUCGCGCUGGCAGUUGCUGCCAUCCCGGAGGGUCUUCCAGCGGUAAUCACCACGUGUCUUGCCCUGGGUACACGCCGCAUGGCCAAGAAGAAUGCCAUUGUGCGGUCUUUGCCCUCGGUCGAGACGCUAGGCUGCACCUCCGUCAUCUGCUCAGACAAAACGGGCACUCUCACGACCAACCAGAUGUCUGUCAGCCGGAUGUUCAUCUUCGAGAAGAUAGAAGGCACAGACAGCACCUUCCAUGAGUUUGAGAUCACGGGAUCGACGUACGAGCCCAUCGGGGACGUGUUCUUGCGCGGCCAGAAGGUAAAGGGCGGGGACUUCGAAGGCCUCCAAGAGAUAUCCACCAUCGGCAUCAUGUGCAACGACUCUGCCAUCGACUUCAACGAGUUCAAGCAGGCGUUCGAGAAGGUGGGGGAGUCGACGGAGACUGCGCUCAUCGUGCUGGCGGAGAAGAUCAACCCGUUUGGCGUGAGCAAGGCAGGGCUGGACCGGCGUAGUGCUGCCAUUGCAGUGCGCAAUGACAUGGAGACCAAGUGGAAGAAGGAGUUCACGCUGGAGUUCUCACGUGAUCGCAAGUCCAUGUCGUCGUACUGCGUGCCACUCAAGCCCACGCGCCUGGGUACGGGCCCUAAACUGUUCGUGAAGGGCGCACCAGAGGGCGUGCUGGACCGCUGCACGCACGCUCGUGUCGGCACCACUAAGGUGCCACUCACAGCGACCUUGAAGAGCAGGAUCCUGGAGCUGACACGGCAGUACGGCACGGGCCGCGACACACUGCGCUGCCUUGCACUCGCCACGGCUGACAACCCCAUAAAGCCAGAGGACAUGGAUUUGGGAGACUCCACCAAAUUCUACACGUAUGAAGUGAACCUGACGUUUGUGGGCGUGGUGGGCAUGCUGGAUCCUCCACGCAAGGAGGUGUUCGACUCGAUCCAGCGCUGCCGAGCGGCCGGUAUCCGCGUUAUCGUCAUCACUGGGGACAACAAGGCAACUGCCGAGGCCAUCUGCAGGCGUAUCGGAGUGUUCGGAGAAGAUGAGGACACUACGGGCAAGUCGUACUCGGGUCGCGAGUUUGACGACCUGUCAUUAAGCGAGCAGAAGGAAGCUGUGGCUCGAGCACGCCUCUUCUCGCGUGUCGAGCCGGCCCACAAGUCCAAAAUUGUGGAGUUCCUGCAGGGCAUGAACGAGAUAUCUGCCAUGACCGGGGAUGGCGUGAACGACGCCCCGGCUCUCAAGAAGGCGGAGAUCGGCAUUGCCAUGGGCUCGGGAACAGCGGUAGCCAAGUCUGCAUCGGAGAUGGUGCUAGCAGAUGACAAUUUUUCAUCCAUUGUGGCGGCUGUGGAAGAGGGCCGUGCUAUCUACAACAACAUGAAGCAGUUCAUUCGCUACCUGAUCUCAUCCAACAUCGGCGAGGUAGUGAGUAUCUUUCUGACUGCGGCGCUGGGGCUACCUGAGGCUCUCAUCCCGGUGCAGCUGCUGUGGGUGAACUUGGUGACAGAUGGCUUGCCCGCUACAGCCUUGGGCUUCAACCCUCCAGACCUUGACAUCAUGGACAAGCCUCCGCGCAGAAGUGAUGAGUCGCUGAUCUCCGGGUGGCUCUUCUUCCGCUACCUGGCCAUCGGCUUCUACGUGGGAGCGGCGACUGUGGGAGCUGCCACCUGGUGGUUUAUGUUCAGUCCACAUGGCCCGCAGUUGAACUACUACCAAGUGACACACCACCUGGCGUGCAUCGGUGGAGGGGAGGAGUUCAAAGGCGUAGACUGCAAGGUGUUCAACGACCCACACCCCAUGACGAUGGCUCUCUCCGUGCUGGUCACCAUUGAGAUGCUUAACGCCAUGAACAGCCUGUCUGAGAACCAGUCUCUGAUCGCAAUGCCGCCAUGGUGCAACAUCUGGCUGCUGGGCUCCAUGGCUCUCUCCUUCACUCUGCACUUCGUCAUAUUGCACGUGGAAGUGCUGUCUACAGUUUUCCAGGUGACGCCGCUGACCGUGGAGGAGUGGCUCACGGUCAUGAAGUUCUCCAUCCCGGUCGUCCUACUGGACGAAACACUCAAGUUUAUCGCCAGACGGAUCACAGAUGUGCCUUCCCCGGUAAAUAAGUAGAGGCCAGUUGGUGCCGUGCAGCGUGCCUCGCCUGGUGGUUGCGACUGCUGGAAUGUGAACCAAGACUCUAGGAAACAGCUCCAUGUUGAAACAAACUCAUGUCUUCCCAACAUAUUUUAUCCUUCUCCAUGUAUCGCUCACUAUGCUUUGCUUUUACGAUCAUAUUUUUGUGUUGCUUAUAAGCUAUGUUACGUUCUUCAUCUUACUUCCUGCUGCAGCUUGUAAUAGUCCACUUCUUUUUUAUUGUUUAUAUGUUGUAGUCAGUAACAUACAUAACGUAUUACAUUUUGUUGCAGUCAGCGAAGUUGUAGUGGACCAGUGGAAGAAGUAACCUGCCAUAAAAAGCUUACAUUCAAAUCAUAAGAAGAUGCGCUCAUUUUAAAGUCAAAUUAAUGUCAAUAAAUAAAAUUAAAAUAUGCCUGGUUUGUUUAACACCACGAAAUUAACACACUAAUUUAAUUUCAAAAUUACUAAUUCCGAUUACCUUUUUGUACUUUAACAUUAUUUUCAAAACUAAUAGUUAAGAUACACGUGUAAUCCGAUUAACAUAUUUUUAAUAGGAUAUCUAAUUUCAUUAUCCUUUCCAUACCAUCAAUACUAUAUAGCUCUCCAUAAUUGUGACAUAACUUCUAUCAUAAUAACCACGUUGCUUUGCCUCGCAUUAUGUUUGUGUUGCUUUUCAUUCAUUUUCCCACGAGUCGUCACUGAACUUCCAUGGAGUCAUCUUGUGCCCUUGGAAAGGCAGACAGAUGACACCCCAGCCUCAACCCCCUUCCCUUUGCCCUUAAAACGUUUAAAAAGAGAGCGCUUCAAUAAGUCCCGUCGUCUUGCUUCCAUCGUACUGAAGGAAACGCGAGGACUUCUCUGCAAGAACUUCAUUGUUGGUGCGGUUCCUGAAAGAACAAUAAAUACAACUUAUCCAUGGUGAUUCUUCGUAGGAGUGCAUCGCAACAUUUGUAACGAGGAAAGUUUACCAUGCGAUUAUGGUAGUUACCAAAAAAAAUAUUGUUGAAUGAAAAUGUGUAAAUAUAUUUAAACAAAAUAAUUAUAUUUUUGUUGUUAUUAGGCUGAAAGAACAUUAAGCGAGAAUGGAAAAUGCCAUUUCAGCAUAUGGACAAAUUAACUGUAACUACUAAAUGAUGCACUUUUCCCAAUCAUGCAUGCCAUUAGAUAUUAUAUGAAUACAUAUUUAGUACUGAUUCUCGCACUGUGGUUGACUUUUAGUUCUAAAAUGUUGAUUGCUCAAUUUUUUGAGUAACAAGUGUUCAUAUUGGAUUUCAUCUCCUGUUGUUUUGUACAGAGAAAGAAACAUUAAGACUUUAAAGUUUUGUACAAGAAUAAAAACUCCAAUAAAAUGUUAGUAAUAAA